AGAGAAAGAAGCUUUGACUGGUAAUAAUACAGAAACUUCAAUCAUCUCUUACAAUUAAAUGAGACAGCAGUAUGGCUUUCUCUCUCUCUCCCUCUCUAUGUGGAUAUAUAUAUUGAGGAACAAAUAACAUAUAAGCAGCCACUGAUUAAACAUAUACAAGAAACCCAAAAAUUACAUGAGACAAGAAUCUGUUCUUGUUUUUGCUCAUGGAUGACCUUGUUUUAUACUCUUUAAUGCCUUUUUCUUUACUAUUUCUUGCAAUCUAUGGAGCUGGGAAAGCUCUCUACUCCAUCUGGUGGAAACCUAAGUGGCUGGAGAGGAGGUUAAGGCAGCAAGGUAUAGAUGGCACACCUUACAAGCUCUUGGUUGGGGAUAUGAAAGACUUCAUAAAAAUGAUAACUGAAGCAUGGUCCAAACCUGUUAAUCUAAACCAUAAGAUUGUUCAACGAGUAGAUCCAUUUACUUUCAAUACUGUUCAGAAGUAUGGGAAAAUAUCAAUGUUUUGGAAUGGGAAAACGCCAAGGUUGAUCAUUUCAGACCCUGAACUAAUGAAAGAAGUGUUGUCUAACAAACUAGGUCACAUUCAGAAGCCACCGUUGAACCCACUAAUUCUAAUUCUUGCAAGAGGAUUGACAGUUUUAGAGGGCGAGAAGUGGGCUAUACACAGAAGAUUGAUAAAUCCUGCUUUUCACUUGGAAAAGCUUAAGGGGAUGGUACCAGUAUUUGUAAUCAGUUGCAACAAAAUGAUAGAAGAGUGGAAGAAGAUGAUUAAUCAUCAAGAAACUUGUGAAGUGGAUGUCUGGCCAGAGAUUCAAAAAGUAGCCAAGGAUAUCAUUUCACGGGCAGCAUUUGGAAGCAAUUAUGAAGAAGGAAAAAAGAUAUUUGAACUUCAACAUGAGUUGAUGAUGCUGACAAUAGAAGCAAUGCAGACCUUAUAUAUUCCUGGUUUCAGAUUUGUUCCUACAAAGAAGAACCGGAGGAGAAAGAAGUUGAAUAUAGAAAUUACAUCAAUGCUGAGAGAUAUAGUUGAGAGGAAACAGAAUGCAAUGAGAACUGGGCAAUCCAAGGUUGAUGACUUGCUAAGUUUGCUUUUGCACUCUAGUGAACAGAAUAGUUCAGGAAAUGAAAGUGGAAGAAGAAGUGAUGGAUUGACAAUUGAAGAGGUAAUAGAGGAGUGCAAGGUUUUCUACCUAGCUGGCCAAGAAACAACCUCAAGCUUGUUAACAUGGACGAUUAUAGUUUUAGCUAUGCACCAAGACUGGCAAGAAAAGGCGAGGGAAGAAGUUCUACAAGUUUGUGGAAAGAAAGAACCUGAUUUUGAAGCUUUGACACAUCUCAAGACUGUAACAAUGAUUCUGAAUGAAGUGUUGAGGUUAUAUCCACCAGCAAUUGCUCUAUAUCAACAUGCUCGAGAGGCAACCAAGAUAGGAGAUAUCAGUAUUCCAGCAGGAGUUGACAUUACUCUGCCCACAAUGCUAAUUCACCGUGAUCCUGAGUUCUGGGGUGAUGAUGCAGAAGAAUUUAAACCAGAGAGAUUUGCUGCAGGAAUCACAAAGGCAUCUAAAGAUCAUUUGGCAUUCUUUCCUUUUGGUUGGGGUCCAAGGAUCUGUAUUGGCCAAAGCUUUUCUUUGUUAGAAGCUAAGACAGUUUUGGCUAUGAUUCUACAGCAUUUCUCAUUCGAACUGUCACCUUCGUAUGCUCAUGCCCCCUAUACUGUUAUGACACUGCAGCCACAGCGUGGAGCUCAACUUAUAAUACACCAAGUAUAAAUUGCCUCGUAAUUCAUUGUCAUAAUGACUUGCAUCUUGUGAAUAAUGUCUUCCGUCUCUAAAGACUAUUCCCAUGUGUGCCUGAUUGUUGCAAUUGAGUUCUAAUGUUUCCUAGUAGAUUAGAUUCCAGAAAUAAAUCCUUAAGAUUUUUGCUUUUGAGUAAA